CAUAAUGAACAAUAAUAGUGUGGAACAGCCGGAUCCUGACAACAUAAAAAUGUUCGUGGGUCAGGUGCCACAUGACAUGGACGAGAACGACCUAAGGAAACUUUUCGAAGAGUUCGGCCGUGUACAUCAGAUAAACAUCUUGCGGGACAAGAUCACCGGAAGUCAUAGAGGAUGCUGUUUCGUUACGUUUUACACGAGAAAGGCAGCCCUGGAUGCACAGAAUGCUCUGCACAACGUGAAAACCUUCAGCGGGAUGCGGCAUCCGAUUCAGAUGAAACCGGCGGACAGCGAAAACAGAAACGAACGUAAAUUGUUCGUUGGUAUGCUGUCGAAGAAGUUCACUGAAAAUGACGUUAGGAACAUGUUUAGUGUCUAUGGAACCAUCGAAGAAUGUUCGGUGCUCAGAGAUAGCACCGGAAAAAGUAAAGCCUGUGCCUUCGUUACCUUCGCUAGUAAACAGUACGCCAUCAACGCCAUUAAAGCUCUUCAUCAUUCGCAAACGAUGGAGGGAUGCUCAUCACCGUUGGUAGUGAAAUUUGCAGACACGCAAAAGGAAAAGGACCAGAAGAGGAUGCAACAGCUUCAGACGAAUCUUUGGAAUAUAGCAGGAGUCAACAUGGCGCCGCAUUACCUGACCAACGAUACACCUACCCUGGCGCCCGCGUCGUUACAGCUACUGCAACAACUUCAGGCGACGACGAGUGCAGCAACUCCGGUUGCAGCUAGUGCAGGCGCUAACGCUCUGUCGAGUGUGCAGCAUCAGUUGUUGCUACAACAGCACCUCGGUUUAGGCGCCGCAACCCCUGCGCACGCCGCCGCUCCUGCUCUGCCCAGUCCUCCUGAAAUCAACCCUGCGAAUCUUCAGGGCUUGGCGACGCUCGCGUCGUUGAGCAACACCGCCGGUGAGUAUGCGAACACAGGAGUGUCACCCAUGAGUAUGCAGAACCUAGUCACCCUGGCUGCGAUGACUGGCGGAAAUGGUAACCUUCAAGUGUCGCCAAACACGUUAAGCGGACUGGCGAAUUCGACAGCAGGUAUGUCGCUAUCUGUCCUUCUUGGAAAGACCGGAAAUACAGGGUCCACUGGAGGUAGCCUCAGUCCUGUGACGUCCCUCGCGCUCAAUUCUCUAACGGGAACACCUUUGAACGGAUUGCAGGACUCGUUGAGCAACGCUUACUCCAGCUUACAACAGUAUGCAGGGUUCCCAGCGUUCACAGCGGCAGCAGCUGCGGCUGCGGCGGCAGCGCAAAAGGCAAAAUUCACCAACACGGACAAGCAGAUUGAGGGUCCCGAGGGCUGCAACCUGUUUAUCUAUCAUCUACCACAGGAGUUCAACGAUACUGACCUUGUCACAACGUUUCUGCCAUUUGGGAACGUCAUUUCCGCCAAAGUCUUCAUCGAUAAACAGACGCAAUUGAGCAAAUGCUUCGGCUUCGUGUCGUAUGACAAUGCAGCGAGCGCGCAAGCAGCGAUCCAGGCGAUGAACGGCUUCCAGAUCGGCAUGAAGCGGCUUAAGGUCCAGCUGAAACGAUCCAAGGAUGCGUCGAAACCCUACUAGCCGACCUCGCCCACCUUUCGUAGUUAACACGAACUUCAUCGAUUACAUUAUGCACUGUCUUACCGUCAGGUGGGAAUGAAACCACAACGAUCUACCUCACUAAUUUAUUUUAUUAUAAUUAUACCACCAUUUUCGCGAACUGGUCCCUCGUUUUUAUUGUACAGGGCACAGAACUUGAAACGUUCUAUCGUGAUAGUAAUAUCUCUUAAAGUUUGAUGGUUAAUUUACGCUAUGACGCUUUAUUAGUUGUUAGUACUAACAUCGCCAUGUGUUCUUUUUUUUCUGGGAUGUCGCCGACCGUCGGGCAUCACCAUUCUCGAAUGUGUUUCAUCGAUUAGCUUUUUCAUAAGACGUUUAAGAGUCUCCUGUUAUUUAUUAAGUGUACUAAUUAAUUUGGUGCCUUUUAUCAAUGAUGAUUUCAAAUUUAAAUAUUCUACCGCGCUUUUAGGUAUUAAAUAUCUACUAUCGAUAAAUAAAGCAAAGAUAUAUAUGUGCUAUUUUGUAUAAAUAAAUCUUCAAUUUCUUUUUUCACUACAUUAAUCUGUACACUUAGUAUUUAUUGUUAAACAAAAAAAUAUCGAUGAAUCACAGUGGUGUGGGAGGAGCAACAAGAAUCACCGAAACUUAUCAGUAUUUUCUAGUCUUUAGAAUUUAAAUGUUGACAAAAUCAAAUAGAUUCUUGUCGUUUCUUUCUGAAAGCGACGUAUCGGCAAACUACCUGUGCACACGUCGCACGGUGACUUCAUUGCACAGUAUUCUGUAUCUUUGUUAAAAUCCUAUCCUCCCGUAACUUCCUGACAUUUUUAUUAUAUAAUAUUACCAAAAUCGUGAAAACAGUGCCGUUGUGAGUUUAUAAAAUGGUCACCGUGCCCGUUUGCCCGGGGAUCCUAUAUAUCUGGUGUGUGGUGGUGACUAACCUGUCCGUGUGUUUGUUUGUGUGCCAGCAGGUGGCCUGUGACGUUGUGACCGUGUUCUCGAUCGGAGUCGCCGUGCCAUGUCAGUCUCAGUCAGUUGAAUUGAUCAAUCGUUCAAUCGAUCGAUCAGUCGAUCAAGUCCAUCUGUCGAUCAGUCACGACUCCUUUGGUCAGCCUCUUGAUCAGUCAUUCUAUGUCUGUCGGUGCCUGUACACAUCUGCCCGCUCUCGCUCCUCUCGCAAGAAGCGGACGCCUACUCUGCUCCCAACACGUAAUACCUUCUUUUUCCUACACCACCAUCCAGCAGAACAAAAAACUCCUCGAACGAAUCCAUCCACCUACGAGCUACCUCCACGUUUUAUUUCAUGUACCGGUUGCCACUGCGCUUGGUCUGUUCCAUUUAACCGGGAUAGAUGGCACUGAUUGUCGAUCGUGGACGUCAUUGCGCCACCAAUUGUGACCCGCUGCUCUGUGUAAUAAAACAAUAGAGAAGAAUCCCUUUGAUGAACGUCGGGCAGCUUACCCAGGACCAAGUCAGUGAGAAAUUAAUCGAAGUGCACGAAACGGAAUGAGGGAUCGUCGUGGGAAAAGUAAUGCUUGAUCUCGCGUUGUCGCGGGCAUCGUUCAAAAUCGGAUGUAAAGAGUAGCGAAGCGGAAGCAUCGUGGGUCAACCACUGUGUUUUGUAUGUGCGCAUGCGUGCGUACUUGUAUACCUGCAUAUAGGGUGCUUCACGUAUCUGGGCCAAGUCAUAACUCGGAGAUAGUAGAAGGUGGAAAAGUAUUUCGUUAAACGAAAUUAAAUGGUUUUAAAAAUGUGAAUAAAAUUCUUUUCCUUCUAUGGUUUUAUAAGUGUAGCUUAGCUCGGAUGUAUGAAACACCUUAUAUAGUAUCUGCAAACGUACACAUGCCCAUAUUAAUUGUGUAUGUGUAUGUACGAAAAUGUGCGUAUGCACGCGAGCGAUGCGAUCUAAAGCUGAUGAAUUUAAAAAUAGUUCGUAAUGCCAAUCUACCACUGUUAGUCUGCUGUGCAACUAAUACGAAUAAAGAGAUAAAGAGAACAAAUAUCAGCUUUAGAUCGCAACGAAUUCUCCGUGGACCUCUAGUGUAAGAAAUGUUUGCGUACAAUCACUAACUAGCCGUUAAAAAUGGACAAUUGUAUGCUCGUUUUGUGAAACGGAACGGUGUGUACCUUGUAUUAUAUUGAGAACACUGUUUUGAUUACCGACUGAGAAGCGAUUUUAUCGGCUCACUUUCAGGAUCGCUGUCAGCGUCGCGAAACGCCUGUUCAUAUGUAGAUAAAAGACGCAUUAAUGAUGUGCCGAUUAAAUAAUAGAGAAUGCGUAGGGAAACAAUGAGAUAACCAAGCGAAAAAACACUGCUAAAUCGAAACGUGUUAAGGAACACGGUAAGUCGGUCAAGUCCGAUGCACCUUGUAAAGAUAAUGGUGUAAAAAUUACCAAAAAAAAGAACCAAAAACAAACAAAAAAAAAGACACAACUGAAGCAAGAAAACAAAAGAAGAGUAGAGAAAAUGAUACAUAAAUAGCAUUUUUUAAUGACUUUGUGAUAACAUUGUACCGUACAUAGGUUUUGGACUAGGGUCGCUUUUUAAAGUGUGUAUGAUAAAGUAAGCGUGGCAUAAGAAACUUAACGAUGGAGAAAUCCAAACUUGAAAAAACAAAAUUUUUCAUCAGUGUCACUUCACUAGCGUGCACGCGAUCGUUCUUUUGCUUUUCUUUAUUUUUCUCAUCUGUACCAAAAGGGUAUUUACGAUUCACGCGUCUUAUAUGAUCUCUAUUAUGUUCGAACCUAAACGAAUGUACAGAAAACAAAAAGUGGUACAUUGUACUCUUUGUUCAUGAUAAGAGAAGAAACUGGAAAAAUUUAAGGAAAAUAUUUCGAUCGCCAGAAAAAUGGCGAGCGCUUAAUUGUCACGAAUUAAUCUUGAGUCAGUAACAAAUUCUGUUGCGCUGUAUCCGACGAAUACAACGAUUUUACGAAAAUGUGUGAGAAAAUAUAUUAACAUGUUUGUACUUCAUUAACAUUGUUCUUUGUCUGUGUAGCGUUUAAGUUUUUAUCAGCUAGCUAGAAACAAGAUCCUCUAAGAAGAUUUCAUGUUUUUAGUGUAUUGGAUGGCUAUCAGUCGCCGUUACUGAUGCAAGAUUAACUCACCAAUAGUGCUGGAGGUACUUAAGUUCAAUGUAAACAUAACUUAAAAGAGGUGUAAGUACCUAAAGGAAAGGAAAAAUAUGGAGAGCCCAGAAGUGAUUGCUGGUAAUUUUGAAAAAUAUGUUCAAUCCAGUCUCUACAUGUUCCUUACAUUUUUAUCAUUGCCAGUGUAUAUCAGAUGUUCAAGUAUCUUGAUAUAUGUACAGUACGACGCACCACAGGCUUUCCUAGGAGAAUAAGGCUUUGCGCCAUUUUUCCUAGGGAAUCCUACCUGCUUGGUACUGUGCAUUAUUUAUAAAGAAAUGGCUGAAAAUCGGCCAAACGAUAAUAGCACACUCUUCUAACAGAAGGGUACAGCUUACUAAGAUGAAGAAGAAGAAAACUAAGUAAAAGAAUCCAAAGAGUAUUUCAGUUUUGUGAUUGAACUGUAUUAAGAAGACAAAUUUCUUUACGAAAUAUAAUCAAGUUAUUUUUUUAUACCGGUACAGCUUGUUCAAAAGGGAAGCAGGAGGAACGGCUGUUAUCAACAUACAAGAUUGGGUUGAAAAAGAUGUAUUUCUUGCAGAAAAUUUGUCUUGGUGAUGCAGUUAAACAAUAAUUCUUGAUCAUCGAACGCGAAAACAGCUGGAGUGUAUUAGAUGUUCACGGCUGGCUCUCUUUCUAAUCACUGAUUUCCCUCCUUUCAUCGACUCUCCCUUUUCACCUUCGUUAUCAAAGGGUUCGUUGCAAUUUCAAUUAAUAGUCAUAUAGCCUGUUUCAUUAAAUCCCCUGGAAGCCUGCAGAUGCAUUGAAAACUAACAGAAUAUUAUUUACAAGCACGCGUCAAACCAAAUGAACGGGGCAACGGACGCUUAUAUAAUAUUUUACGGGUUUAUGUAGAAAAUGGGUGAAUUAUACAGGAUGGUCCAUAACAUAUGGAGCAGACAAAUGAUUUUCUAUCAAUGAUCAUUCUUUUCGAAUUACUGAAAUUAGUUGACUUUCAAAUUUUAUGGUUAUCUGGUUUUUUAAUGGGGAAGUUGAUUUGGGCAUUUUAGUAAAUUUUAAAAGUUACACUAUAGCUUUGACCCAUGAAUAAUAAACAUUAAAAUUUCUUACUUUAAAAAAGUACAAAAAAUACCUUUAUUGUCGAUUGAAGCGGUAGUCGAAUAUAGAGUCACUUUGACCCAUAACGAUGUUAUUAUAAUUGUGUAUAAAAUUGAAAAUAUAUUUAAGUAUAACAAAGUAUAUAUACACAUUGCAAAGAGUACACACUGGGUCAAAAUGAUCCUACAUUCCGUCUAACAAUAAGAUGGAUCAUCCUGUAAUAAUGAAGCUGCGUCCAGCUCCGUGCCAAUUACCAAAGACGUCUCUUUAAUUAAUCGAUGUACUUACGCAUCAUUUACGGCUAAUGAUUCUCUGAAACACACGUUCAGCCGUUAAUCAAUGAUUAACAUCUCGUGCGAGAAUGUAACACACGUAACACGUUCUUAAGUCUUUUCGUUUGUUUACAUGUGAAUACAAAUGGAGCCUAGUCAGAAGUAACAUUUACGAAUUAAUAUUAUCAACAUUUUAUAAUGUUCGUGUCAUCUUUUCAACUGCAUCCUCUUCAGCAUCUGCGUAUAAUUUCAUUGUUAAAAAAAAAGUGCUGCUAUUUUUGCACCGUCAUUAUGUUAUGAUUAUUAUUUACGCUAUUAUCCCACUUUACCAAUUUACUAUCGUUACCCUUAUUAUUAUUAUUAUUACAAUUUAUUCGCUAUAGAUGUUGAUAGAUUAUUAAUAUUAUAUGACGUAAUUAUUAUUAGAUAUGAUUCUUGGUGGUAUAUUGUAAAACUAUAUUAUUAUUAUUAUUAUUAUUAUUUUUAUAUUUACUAUUAUUAUUAUUCGCACUUUGUAAAAAUGGUGUUAACGAUUAUUCGUAUUUUGCUUUUGUUGAUUAUCAUUGUGAAGCUAAGCGAUUGAUGAUUUUCAAUCGCAGUGCAAUAUCAAAUUUUUUCUGUCGAUUUUUACCAAACUCCAAAGUUCGAACAGACAAAUGGAUCACUUGUUAAUGUACUUAAAAUGAUUAUUUUUACAAUUUUAUAGUUGUAUAUUAUGAUAUACAAGUGGCGACACUGAUUAUAUUGUAUUUUAAAAUUUUCAAUCAGAGUUGAAGUAUAGUCGGUGGAAUAAAUACAGCGCGAUCUUGAGCCAACCUUCUUGUACAAAUUUCCAAAUUUUAUUUUUAUGUACAAGAUUCAUAUAUAAACUUUGCUAUAGUUACAAUGAAGAGCCAAAGCCAAACUAUACGAAUUAUACUGUUCUCUCAGAAAAUUAAUAUUCGAGUACUAAAAACUCAAUCUUUACAUAUUACAAUUAUUUCAGUUUAAAAAACAAUAUAUUAACUUCAUUAUAUCCAGUUUGUUGGUUAUGAUACUUUAUUUUUGCUCUUCACUGUAAGUGUAUAGUUGAGUUCGAAGAUAUAGUGGGCUCGAAAUAAUCAUCGGUCCUAUUGUUAUUUUAACAUUGAUCAAUUUAUACACUGACUAUACAUCAGAUACAUACACGAUUCGUAUGGAUAAUUUAACUGACGUUAAAUACAAUUAGAUAUGUAUGUUUAUUGAAUGAAACAGGAUGAUCCUAUUCGUCAUAUACCAUCGCUGUAAUUACCAUUGCUAUUGUUAUUGUUCAUUUAUCGCUAGUUUAUAUAACUCCUUAUUUUUUUUUGUUUUAAACACUUUACGGAUACACACACCCACAUAUAUAUAUAUAUAUAUUGUUCUUGCAAUGUUAGCAAAUUUAGAGUAUUUUAUUUUGCUGUUUAUUUUUUCUCUCGUAAAUCUUGUUUUUUGUUUUUUCUCUAUUAUUAUUAUUAUUAUGUUUUUUUUUCUUAAUUUUAGAUUUGUGCGCCCACCGCGUUCGUUUUCCUUGGUGCUUUUCAAUGUGUGAUCAUUUGAAACGCAACACGCUAGUAUGUGUUACGAACCAAUCAAAAGACGAUCAUUUCUCAUUUUCAGUCAUUUAAUCAUUGAUAAAAUUGACCGUUUGUAAAAUGCCAAGCAGCAAUAUUUUUAUAUUUACAAUUCUGUCAAUUAUUAUACGAUAUUUAAUAUUCUAAGUCAAUCAAUUUGUUCAACAGUAUAAUAUUAAAAGUGCAUUAAGGUGGGGUCAAUUAAGUCCACUGAACCGAGAUAACGGCAAAAUCGCGCUACAUGGCAUUCAAACGGGUAAAAACUAAUUAUUCUUUAAUUUCUAUAAACUAUAAAAAAUAAAACUUAUUUUAGGUUUAUAAAUUGUUCCAACAGUCACUUCACAAUUUUAUUAAAAAAGAGAUCGUCGUUCGAAAACUCUAUCACAAUGAAAUAGAUUUCGUGUUACGUAGAGAAUCGACCAAUCACGAAAACGAUCGUGAAAUAAAAUCAAAAAAAUAAACCAAAUUCCAUCACCAAAACGCAAAUUAAUUCGUGCGCAUUGUAGAAACUUUAUACGCGCGUGUAUCUUGUGUACGUAUGUCUUAUGUGUGUUUACAAUCGACUAUAUACAGAUAUGUACAUAUGUAUAUGUACACACGUAUAUCAUGUCUUGGGCAUUACGUGUGUGUUUCUUUGCGUAUAGAGGCGAAUGUAUAGUUGGUAGAAACAAUAUAGUAUUACCAUAUAUCAAGCUCAGAAAUAUUCACCUGCUUGUAUAAUUGAAUUACUAUCAAGAUUCUUCACAUUCACUAUAUUGUUUCCACCAACUGUACAUAAGUUCAAUGUAUAGUUACGUGCGCUACCGUUUUUCAACGUGAUCAUCCGCGUUUCCCAUCGUUGUGUUUGAAAUGCCCGCGUUGAAAAUUUAUUUUUCUUUUUUUUUUGUUCUAUUUCUCUUUUUUUUUGCUGUAUUUUAGUGCACUAGUUUUGUCGAUGAUGCUACGCUAGAAUCGUCAAGUUCUCAGAUUUUCUUUUUUCCGUUUCCUUGUCGUAUUUACCACGAUCAGCAUGUGGCGUAUGUUGAUGUAACAAUACAUUGUAUUUAUUUUGUUGGUUUAA